AUGUACCCUUUCCUCGUCUUCGGCCUCGAACCUCAUCCUUCAUCGCCAACAGCGCUAGUCGUUCACAAGCCCGCAUUCGAACAGUUUUCCAAGUUGCCCAAGAACCUCGAACCCACCGUGACGGAGGUCAUCAAGUUUGUUGGCCAUUCCGUGAAAUUCGACGAUACGACCAACCGGAAACAGUUCAACUGGAGUGAUUUCAAAGCCGCCCUCAAUCACCACCCAAACGGCGAAAUCACCUUUGACCUGUUCAAAACGGAUGUCACAUCCCGGACUGAUCCCACUGCGGUGUCCAUGAUCGUUAGGGAGGUCGCCUACCUCCUCUUUGGUGUCCUCCAAACGGAGAUAGACCUACAUGAUUUGGCAAAGAUCACCGAGACGACGUUUACCCACUUGAAGGAGAAAAAGGAGAAAGGAUUCGCAGAUUUCUCAAAGAACUCCUCCGAGGGCAAUAGCUCCUGGGAAUACAGGGCGGUGUUUGCAAUCCCCCUUUACGGCCUUUCCACUUACUUCUACAUCUUGGUGACUACCAUGAGGAUAAAGGCAGACGUCGAGAACGAAGAGUCUUGGGAUCUUCGAGACAGUACCCCAAAGAACUUUUCUGCAACCAUCGACUUGAUGAGGUUCAUCGUCGCCGAGGGCUUCAAGGACCUUUAAUCUUGACGUUGACUGUCGUAAUUUAGAUUCAUCAUCCUACUUUUCGCUUUAGCAGAUCUCAUUCGU